AUGGCUUCGCUGGAAAAAGCUGCUGUCGCUGAGGAGAUUGAGAAUGUUGCGCGCGGAGUUCAACAGGUCGACGAUAAGACGGCGAACCAUCUAAGAGAGGAGCUCCAGUCAUCAAAGCAAGGCGGAUACAUACCGAGUACACCGGAGGAAAAGAAGUUAUCACGAGCGUUGAACCGGAAAUUCGACUUCUUCAUCCUACCGUUUUGCGUUCUGAUAUACAUGUUCAAUGGCCUUGAUCGGAGCAAUCUGGGGAACGCGCAAACGGAUGGCUUCACGACCGAUCUCCACAUGAGGCCCAGCGCAAUCAACACAGCGACAAGUCUUUUCUUCUGUACCUUCGUCCCGCUGCAACCACUUAGCGUCAUCCUCGGCAAGAAAGUAGGCCAAUCGACCUAUCUGGGUAUUAUUGGACUCGGCUGGGGGAUACUCACCCUCUCGCACACCUGGGUCAAGAACGAAGCGCAGCUCAUCGCCGUCCGCCUCCUAAUUGGCAUCUUCGAAUCGGGCUUCUACCCCACCUGCGUCUCCUACCUCUCCCUCUUCUACCCACGCUUCGAUCUCGCCUUCCGCAUCGCCAUCUUCUACGGCGCCUACGCAGUCGCAGGAGCUUUCGGUGGACUGAUUGCUUACGGCUGUUUCCAAAUCGAUGGGCACCUGCACGGUUGGCAAUAUCUUUUCAUCGUGGAGGGUGCCGCCACCAUCGCGAUCGCGCUCGCAACGCCGUUUUGGUUGGCAAAAGCACCCGGGCAGUCCUGGUUUCUCUCCGCUUCAGAGAAGGAAUUCGCUGAACGACGCAUGGUCCUCGACUCGGCGGCAAAUCUCGACUCCCGUUUCAAGCUCUCGCGGCGGGACAUCAAAGAAGCGAUCGCCGACUGGAAACUCUGGGCUAUCCUCCCGUUCAACGUCCUCGCUAGUAUCGCACCCCAAGGUUUCACCAUCUUCAUGCCCAUUGUGAUCAAGGGAUUGGGGUACUCCGGACCGACCGCGAACCUCAUGACGGUCCCGCCUUACGUCGUUGGCGCGGUGUUGCUGCUUCUCUUUGCGCACUCCUCCGACCACUUCCGCGAACGCACGCUGCAUAUCCUCGUGGGCAUCACACUUGUUCUCGUCGGUCUGAUCAUGGCAUUCAGUCUGCCUCUUACCAACCCGACCGCGCGAUACGGCGGUAUCAUCGUCCUGCUCUCGGGCACAUUCAUCGCGGCGCCUAUCACAGUUGCAUGGCUUUCCGGAAACACGCCUGAACCCGGCAAGCGCGCGAUCGUGCUGGGCAUCAACGGCUGGGGUAAUCUAGGCGGCAUCAUCGGGUCUGAGCUCUUCCUUGCGAAGUACGGACCCAACUAUAUCUGGCCUCUAAAAGUAACGACGGGGUUGAUUGCCGUGGCAUUCGUGGGGUACGCGUGCUACUACUUUGAGCUGAAGGCGUGGAACAAGUACAAAGCAAGGAAGAUCGCAGGGAUGAGCGCGGAGGAGAUUGAGGCGGAGAAUACGAAUGAUGUGAGAUAUGCGGACAAGAAGUGGACGUUUGUGUAUGGCGUGUGA